CUCACACCCGCAGUCUGUCCUGGCUGGCACACGUUAUAACAUUAAGACCUGUGAUAUAAUUCUUACUACUAUAAAUUUGAACCACAUUUUAAGGCGAUGACGAGUGAGAGUUUGUUCAUCGCGUUGCUGGGUGACGGUUCCGUGGGGAAGACCUGCCUCUUAACCACUUAUAUACAGGGCGACUUCCCCACCGUGUACAUGCCCACCGUGUUCGAGAGCUACGUCGAGGCCAACAAGUUCCGCGACGAGUUCUUCGACUUCAGUUUCUCCAUCAUGGACACGGCUGGCCAGGAAGACUACACCCAUUUCCGCCACCUAAUCUACCCGAAGGCCAGUGUGUUCAUCCUGUGUUACAGCGUAGAUAACAUCGUCUCCUUCAACCGGGUGCUGUCCUUCUGGCUCCCCGAUGUUACGCACAACGGGGGCGAGAAAAAGCCCGUUGUUUUAGUUGGCCUUAAGACAGACCUCCGGCGCGGCAAGAGUGACGACGAGGUGGUUACGACGGCGCAGGGGAAGGAACUGGCUCGCAAGAUCGGGGCUGAGGAGUUCUUCGAGUGCUCCGCCCGCACCCAAAGCGGCCUCAACGGCGUGUUCCGGGCGGCGGCAAAGGCGGCGGUCGCCUACCACAAGAGGAAGACCAGAAAGAGACCCUGCGUUAUCGUCUGAGCCGAGAGGCCUGUUUGGAGAUGUGCUUGUGUACGGGUGUCCUCUGCAUUUGUAAAUAUUAUGUAAUAGUCUGUGUUUGUGUGUGUGU